AUGAGUUCAAGGAAAGCUUUGGAUUAUUCAUCAGGAGGAUCCUUGCAAAUGAUGAAAACUGCUCAAGAGGCACAUGAUCUUAUAGACAUGGUGGCCAAUAAUGAGUAUUUCUACUCCUCUGAAAGACAAGCUGCUCCAAAGAGAGGUUUGGCUAACAAGAACCAUGAAGCCUCACUGAGAAAUUUAGAAAGACAGAUUGGAAAAUUGUCCAAACAACCAGCUGAGAGACCAACCAACUCUUUUCCAAGUGAUACCAUCCCCAAUCCUAAAGAAGAAUGCAAAGCAAUUCAACUCAGGAGUGGAAGAACAUUGGAGGAUGACAAGGCUAGCAGUAAGGAAGAAGUGGCAAUAGAGGAAAAAGAUCAAGAGAGUUCCAAGAAAAGAGAGGAAGAGCCACAAGCUUCAAAGAAGGGAAAACAAGUCAUGGAAGAGCAUCCACAAGAACAGAGAAAGAUGCCUUUAUAUGCAAAAUUCCUCAAGGAACUCAUUAAGAAGAAGAAAAACUGGAAUGAGAAGGAGAUCGUGAUCUUGACACAAGAAUGCAUUACAGUGACUCAGAAGGGUCUUCCACCAAAACUCAAAGACCAUGGGAGUUUCAUCAUAUCAUGCACCAUUGGCAAUAUGGCCUUGGAAAAAGCUCUCUGUGACUUAGGAGCCAGCAUCAAUUUGAUGCCUCUCUUACUAAUGAAGAAGCUUGCAAUAGAGGAAGCCAAACCCACCAGAAUGUCACUUCAAAUGGCUGAUAGAUCACUCAAGAUACCUAAUGGAGUUGUGGAAAACUUAUUGGUGAAGGUAGGAAAGUUCAUUUUCCCUGCUGAUUUUGUCAUUUUAGACAUGGAAGAAGAUGGACACAACUCAAUUAUCUUGGGGCGACCUUUCUUAGCCAUAGCAAGAGCUAUCAUUGAUGUAGAGAAAUGUGAAAUGACCCUCAAGGUGCAUAAUAAACAAAUGAUCAUCAAUGUCUUUAAGGCCAUGCAAUAUCCCCCUGAGAAGGAAAAGCAUAUGAGGGUGGAGAUGAUAGAAGAAUUGGAUGAAGAGCUGCUUGAAACACACGGUCAAGAUGCUCAAGAAGAAGAAAUGGAGACAGCCCAAGAGGUCUUAGAGGAAUAA